GUACUACGAAGGCGGCAUCUCUUCUGUUUAUCUCUGGGAUAUGGAUAUGGGGUUCGCUGGCGUUAUUCUCAUAAAGAAAGCUGGUGAUGCGAAACUAGCUAGUGGCUGUUGGGAUUCCAUUCACGUGAUUGAUGUUAUGGUAAGUGAUUGUGCUGCACCCCCCCCCCAUCCCACCCGCAUUCGUUUGUGGAUUACGCGUUCUACACAGUUGCGGUUCCUGGAAUUAGUCCGAGGUUCAAGCCCCUCCACCGCCACUCAACUUUAG